GGCUAAUUUGAAAGGUUCGAAUAUGUUGAAAGAAAGUUGAACAAAAACAAAUGUGAAUUUCGAUUAUGUUGUUUCUCUCGCCUUGAUUAUUUGGUUCUGGUGAAAGAGACGGUUUCCCUUUACCAGAAAAAGUCCACAAUGCACGUAUUUAUCGCUUCAAACCAUUGGAUUGUGCAGUAAACGUAAAGGUGACUUUUAAGCACAUUUGACAUUUUGAUAUGUAGCGCGCGUUCAGCUUUUUGAAAGACGGAUAUGGUGCCUCUGUUAGUACUGGAAUGGAUAGACUUUUAAAGGCUCAGGAAAGGAUAUAGUUUCCUAUGGAUGAGUUAAAAGUGGAAAAUGUUCCUUUGCAUGUUAUUCCUGUGACAGAAUAUGAUCCAUUUGAGGUUUGUGUUAUUACACUUGUAUUGAUUGAGCUUAAAUUAAGCUUAUGUUCAUAUAAAACAACACGAGAUUCUAUAGCUUCUGGCAAAUAAUACAUAAUUAAUGAACGACUUUACGCUAAAAAUCCACGACAUUUAUUCAAUUCAGUCGACAUAUAUUCAAUUUAGACGCUGAUGAAAUGUGUGUGUGUUAAAUUUUUCAAGGUCUCUUACAUUUAUUCUGUAAAUUAUGAUCGGGUUUCUAGUUGUAGAGUUCACCAGACAUGGCCAAUUGUCAGCGAUGUUUAUUCGUAAAGGAGACAUGUGUGAUAUUCAUUUGAUUUGCAUAUUUUCUAUGCAGAGGAAAAAGUGAUUCAUUCAAGUAGAAAGGCCCUUGUGAAGAUUCCACAUGUACCUUUGACUGUGCUGUGUUCUAACUUAACAAAAAAAAAAUAUACUAAUCAUGCUGAGUUUUUGUGAGAAAUCUCUUGCUGUGUUAGUUUCUUAAGAAAGGCCACUGUUGAAAACAUAUUGCUCUAACAUUGGCUGCUUUUAUACUAAGGACACAUUAUCUGUCUGGACGAACUUGGGCAAACAUUUUGUACUUCGUCUGGUUAAGCGUCUCAAGUAUAAAGAUGGGAAGAAGACGCAUUAUGUGUCCAGACGAACUACCUUUCGUAUUGCGUCAUCCAAGAUGUAUUACGAAGGAUAGUUCAUCCAGAUGUAUAAUGCGUCUUUUUGCCGGUCCUUAUACUAAACUUGAGAUGCACAACCAGAUGAACUACAAAAUGUUUGCCAAAGUUCAUCCAGAUGGAUAAUACAACUGCAGUAUUAAAACAGCCAUUGGCUUCACAGUUAUGUGUUUAAAAUUUUAACUAUCUGUCAUAAUUAUAAUUGUGUACUGUACUUUUAAGAACCUUUGCUGUGAUGGCAUAGUUAGUGCAGGAGACGCUACUACAUGUAACUAUGGUUAUGGUAAUUAAGUUUUAAGCAAAUUUGGUGGGACAAACAAGAGGCAUAAGAGGUGUGGAAUUGUGCUAUUUAGCCUUAUGGUAGUUGAAAAUGCUCACUAUUUAAUGAUGUUAAUAAGUUUUUUGAUUUGAUCUGAAAAAAUUAAUCUGCUUUAAGGUUUGCUCUACAUUCACCCCAUAGACCCUGAGGGAGACUAGUAUAGUAAAAGAACAAAUUGAUGAUUAUGAAAGCUACAAUGGACUGUUUUUUAGAACACAGGUUUUAGUGAAUUCUUUGAGAAUUGUAUGUUGAGCAUUGCAGUUUGGACUUUGGCUUAAAGUUUUUUAAAAAUGUUUUUCAUCUUGUUUUACCUGUAAAACUGCUGAACCUCUUCACAUUGUAGAGGGGUGAUAAGGAUGCCAAUGAUGUACACGUACAACCAAAUGUUGCUUUCCUGUAAGGCCUAUUGCGGCACAUUUAAACAAGAUAAUGAACUCAAAUGUUUUCAAACAGUGAUAACACAGUUCAGAAUAAAAUGUCAUUAAAACGAAGCAAGUGAGUGAAAGUGAGUACAUCAGUUUUUACAUUGUUAAAUUUUGACUGGUCUGCAUAGUGGUUAAUGCCAUUGGAGAGCUGUCAAUAGGUCAAUAGGGGCUCAAGCUGGGGAGUGGGGAUUCCCCCAGCUACUAAGAGCAUGACCCUGGGCUACUUUCAUAGGAAGCAAAAUAAAUAAAUAAAUGACUACAGGGCAACUUUAAAUCUCAGUGACAGCCCUGAAUUGUGGAGAGGUGAGUGCCUGUUGUAGAGAUGUUGGUAGAGAACAUCUCCUAAUUAAACCGUUUGGCUGGCUGUUUGUUAGUUGAGAGGUUGAAGCAAAGUUAACGUAUGGACUUGGUCAGUUUAUCAGCUGUUAAUGAAAAGAGGUGACCAUCAGUCGAGUUUUAUUGUCACAUGUCACCUCAUGGUGAGUACAUGACUGCAUCUCCACGAGCUCUUUCUGAUUGAAAAAUCGUAAUUAUCUUUUAUUUCCACUUUGAUUAGCUGCAUAGCAUUUGUGGAUAAGGACUUUUGUCUAUAAAAAUGUUAACAUUAAUCACUAAAAAACUUGUACUUGAACUUAAUCUAUAGAUCUAUAGUCAUAAUUAUAGAGAGUACCCUGUGCUUAUAAGUGAUUGUACCAAUGUUUAAUCUAGAUCUUUCUCUGUUUUUUUUAGGCAAAGUUUGCAGCAUCGUUAUACUGGUUGGUUUUCCGUGCCACUGAAGAUGGAGAGUUUGAGAACAUUCCCUCUCAAGUCACCAGUCCUAUUCAACGUGACUCAGAGGUAAACACGUACAGUCUAUACACCUACACUGGCUUGUAGACCAUAGAAAUGAUGCUAUAAAUAUGUCCAAUAAUUCAAUAUUCAAGUUAGUUUAAUGGCAAUUACUUUCAUUGAAAAAUUGGCAACGUUUUAUGGGAUCUUUUAAGAGUGUAGACAAUAUUUAGUUUUUGUAAGUCUAAGGCCAUCUUCAGUUCCAAAGUUUUCAUGAGCCAAACCAUAUUCCUUGAAUCUAGAAGUGGUGAAAAGUUUGGGAUGUAGAUCAAUAAGGCUGUCAUUAAGAGCCAAGGGCCAGGGAUUCCCCCUGGCAACUAUGAAUGUGGCCCCUGGCUUCUUUCAUUGGAAAAUAGGAGAAAAAUAGAAUCAAAAGAAAUCCCUCUAGCUGUUUGAUUCCCUGCCUACUUGUUGUAUUUACCCAGCAACUUGAAAUCUUUGUGACAACCCUGGAUCAAUAAAACUAUUAUUAACCCAUUCGCCCCUGAGCCGCCCGUAACCGCCCAUGCAGGUCCACGUGCUUUCUACCACUUUUGACGUCAUCAGUUUUAAUGGUCAAGGACAACUUUGUCCGCCAACUUGUGCAGAGUGAAGAGAUCUUUCGAACUCUACCAGAUUGGGCACAAUUCAGUCAGGGACCCCGGAGAGAAAGGCAAAAAACCAUGUAACAUUGACCUGAAAAUUCCCUUGAAAAUCUUGUUCCACUACCCACCUACCUUUCCUUUCAUCUAAUCCUAAGAUCCUAAAAGCUUUCCUAAAAACCUUUGCCACCAAAAUGAAGCCUACUAAUUGACUUACAGUAGAAGGAACAGUUUUGAUUCAGUUUGAUCCAGGCACUAGAUUUUUUUAACUUUAUGGUUAUAAUUAUUAUUAUACAGUUAAGUUCCAAAUUUUAGAAAUUAUAAUAUUUUUUGUCUCAAAGAUUAUUAACGAUGGCCAAUUUUUUAUGAGUUUGGCAUCUGAGUCAACACGUGUCAUCUUGACUAACAAGACAGGGUUGGAUGUAAAAAUUAAGGGCUAACACAGGAAUGUUGCUAAGAGCGGGCUGCUGGCUAAUUUCACCAGCUGAAUAAGAAUUUACCACCAGCUCAAAUUGCUCUGGGAAACAAAGGCAUGUGGUAAUUUUUUGGAUAGCCUGUGCCACAGAUGAAACUAAACUCUGGUUAAGUCCAUCUGUGAAACAGUGCCAAAAUCCUUGUUGUGGGCCCUCACCUGGGUAUCAGGAUUUGAGUAUGUGUCAUGAUUGGCCUGUUAAAAAAGCCAUUGUCGAUUUGCCAAUCAGGAGGAUGAAAAGAAAUUCAAAACACACUUCCAGUAAUUCGUUGAGUCCGUUGGGGAUCUUGAACAAGGAUAUCGGUUGCUGCUUCACAGAUGUUACUAACCAAGAUUAAAUUAUGUCUGUGACACAGGUUAUUUUGAGGGUGGAGUUGGAGAAAAAGUUGGCUUGACAAAUAAAAGAGCCUGUGUAGCUUUUCUUCAGCUACACCCCUAGCUGACUGUAUUUAUUUUCACCAAAAGAUUAGACCAAAGCAUCCAAGAUACACUGUUUACGUUAAUUUACUGUCACUAAGAUUUCAAGUUCCUGGGUAUUUGCAAUUAGUAGGUUGGGAAACUGAAUAGCCAGGAAGUUCUUUUGGUGUCAUAUUCCUUUUGUUUCCUACGAAAAAUAGCCAGGGUUCACGCCCAUAGUAGCCAGGAGAAAUCCCCAGUCCCGGGCCCUUAGUGACAGCCAUGAAUUAAGCCUCUCUUUUCAUAGAAACGGAUCACAGUCCGCCCAGAGGUGACUGAAUUCCUCACAAAUGGUGAGAUCUACAGUAAGGUUUGUAACAAUAUUUUUCACGGGAAGGCUCCUGCUGUUGGUCAGUGGGCUAUCAUCCAGACACUCUCUCGUCAUGGCUUUUACGUGGUUGAGGAAGGUGACAUUGCUGUUACAGAUUCUGCCUUACAACAAAAUAAACCCUUUAGAAAGGUAACUAUGAGUGUUAUGAUAAAAUAAUAAUAAUAUUGUAACCAAUAAAUCAGUAAGAAAGUAAGUUGCCAGACCUUUGUUUAGUCAGUUAGUCAGCCAAUGAAUUUUUCAAGUCAAUUUUUCACUGAGCAGCCUAGUGAACAGUAGUGAAAAUCUACCUUGAAGCAUCUCAUCUGGAAGAAAGCAAACUACUGGUAGUUGGUUUUUACAGUAACUGAGGAUUUAAACUCAUGACUAUUGAGAACAAAUCUAGCUACUAAAAAGUGGGGGUGGAACUUGAACUCUGGGCUGCCUUUCAGAUCGCUGGUCCAGUGCUCUAUUAAACCUUCUCAGUCACACUGCUUCCCUAUUUUGCCACUCCAUCAACACUGUUAUCAGAUGGAUCAAGCAGUAAUAGCGGAGCUCCACACGCGCGCGAAGCGCGCGCGUGGACAGAGCCCCAUAGCUAAGGAAAUGUGGUAAUCUACCCAUCCGAGAAAAUUUGGAAAUCACGUGACCGUACGACCGUCCGUCCGCACCACAGGGAAACCAAUGUUAACUCUCACACUUUCCAGCUAGUUUGGGAGCCCAAUAGAAAACUAAUUGCACAUCAAUGUUGUGAUCAAUUGACAGCUGUCAAAACAGGAUAUCCGCUGACCAGUAUCACCUGACCAUACCGCGGGCUCAAGUGUCGACCCAUCGAGGUCGAAUACUUUUUUGAAGUUAUCCGCUGACAAAUUACCAGUUUCAAAUGAUCGCAGGCUCAAGUCUAUUUUUUCCGAUGAUUCAUAUGAAAUAUGUUGUGUUUAUGUCACUAUGGCCCCGCACUGUCAAGAUUUUGAUUUCAAACUGACCUCGGACGCGAAAAUUCAGCCACUUUUUUAAAAAUAAAGGCGGGGAAGACUUUUCUUACCAUGGUCACGCGUUGGUCACGCUCUACGUCCAAUUUUUGUACUGAUUGGUCAAAAUUUGACAGGUGAGUUCAUGCGGAAAAUUUAUGCAGCAUCUUGAAAGCUGUUUACUUUGACAGCAAAAGCUGACAGAGUUUUGUGUCAACUUGUGAUGUUUUUAACUGUCUUUUUCCACCGGAUGUACAAAAUGAAAUAUAGCUGCUAUCAAGAGUCUUCUGUUAUCCAUGGCUGGUUUGUGUAUUGGGUUUUUGGUUGAGAAAUGCGUCGCUUGUCAAAAUUGGGUAAUCCGAUUUCGGAUGGCAUCGUUUUCAUCUUUCACUUUGCUCAAUGCGUAAGAGAGUUUAAAAGUCUCAAGCAACUAUGGCCUUCCUUGAUAUCUUUCAGGAACUGAAUCUCGAAUGGUAAGCCUGAGUAAUAAUAUUGUUGUAUUUAAUGUUUGUUUUUGUUAUAUCUAAUUUCAUGAAGUCGAGCACAGUUUAUACGGUAAGUUUUUGCACAUUUGUUGAGAUUUGAGUCAAUGAUCUGAUCUAGUAUCAGGUUUGAUAUAAGCUUACAACACUUUAAAAGGCCUUCAGAUAUAUUUUCUCACGGCAAAUAGAAAAAAAACUUUCCGAAGAAUAUUUAGUUAUAAAUUUGGCUGUAGAAAGAAAACUUUGAUGAUUUUCUUGUUUCGAGGAGUUCAUCUUUGAAAAAAAAAAAACAAACACCGGGAGGCCGGCUGAAAGUAAAACAAAAUAAACUUAAGCUUAAGCUUUAAGCUUAAAGACUCAGGAUUUUUAGAGACACUUUAAUACUUGUCUUCGUGAAUGAAAAUUGUUGUCUCUGUAAAUGUUUUACCGAAUUUUAUUUCUUUUAUUGAUUGUUACUAGUCUCUCUUGCAAUUUUAAUCGCUUGUCCGUGGUGUUUGUUUUCAUCGUUCAUGAACAUCGCAGGAGUACUUAGAAAUGUCGCGCGUAUCAAACGCUUUAUAAGAUUACACAUCGUCAUAACUGGAACCAUUAAAUAGCAAAAAAUAACGAUAAUAAAUUGGUUAUUAUGUUGAAGCGUAUCUCCAUUAAAGUUCAUUCAAACACUCGAUCACACUGACAGCUCGGACUAAAAAUGAGAACCGGCUGGCCGUAUGGGUGAUUUUAGAAAUUUUUUGAACGGUUUCGCUAAAAGCCCACGAUUGAUCGUCCUGAAUAUUGAAAAAUUGUGAAAUGCCGAAUUCUGUCCGAGGUCUGUAUGAUAAAAAGUACUUUUUCACCUCAGAUUUGAUGUAUAAAAAGUAUAAAAAGCUGGUUUACACACCCUCAGAUUUGUUGGCAAGAAUUUGUAAAGUAAACCUGUCAAACGCAAAAAAAUGCGGCCUGAUUUGUUUUCCAAGAAUUUGUUUUCGAGGCCUAAUCUACUGUGAUCAAGAGCCAUUAUGGCUCUUGAAUGUGAUAGAAGAUGUUUGCUAUUUUUUGGGUGUACAUAUAUUUCUAAAGGCUAUCAACUCAAUGUAAGAUGUUUCACUCUAAAAUAACUUAUCCUUUCCCUCAAACGUCACAUGAAUGUGCCCUUAAGUUAACUGAUUUGUGGAUUACAAGUUUAUUGUUUGAUUUAAAAUAUAAAUUUAUUAAUGGGAGCUUCGCUUUUAGCCCUGGCUAAAUCUAUAUAUUAAUAUUACUCAAAUAUGUUUUGUUUGUAUACAAUUUGUAUGAGUGACGAUGUAGUCCACAGCCAUGAUUCCGUAGCAUUGUUAUGAUUAUUUCUACUAUUUAUUGUUUUAUUUUCAGUCCACUCAUCUUGCCUUGAUGGAUUGCCUGAUGAGUGCUUUCUCUACUCGCACUGUAAGUGUGCAACAAGUUGUGCAGAGUGUCAGGUAUACCACUGGUUAAAUUGUUUGUGACAACUUCUCUGUGUUAGGUUGAGGAUUUGUAAUAAUCUUUAUGACACAAUAAAUAAUUUCCUUUCUUUCAAUUCCUUUUUCAACUUCCUUUAGCAAGUUUUCCUCAUUCAAUGCUUCUAAAGAGCUUCCCUUUGAUCUGGAAGAUGCAUUACUCCUAUGGAUCAACAAAAUAUGUGCCAGUUUAAAUGAUAAUCAGCUAAAGAAGCAAAGACAACAUGCUGAACAGCUGCUGCAGAAUCAGGACAAAGCCAAGAGGUUUAGGUUUCGUCGUGACCAGCUUCAGCCCAAAGUGCAAACAGUAUUUCCUGUAAUGGAAGAUCUCUUGAAAGACAUAAGUGAUGGACAGAGUUUGCUUGGGAUUAUAGCAUUUUACCAUCCAUCAGUUAUCAGCUUAGAAGGUAAAUAUUAAGUUACAGUUAACAUAUCAGACUUUAAGUAUUUGUGCAAUGCAAGAAAAGCUGUUUUUAUGAAUCCUUGAAUUACAGUGCUGUAGCCAGUAUUUGUAAGUAUUUAUAAGUAUUUGUGCAAUGCAAGAAAAGCUGUUUUUAUGAAUCCUUGAAUUACAGUGCCGUAGCCAGACGAAACGGCCAACUGAGGCAGGCGGGAGUUGCUAGGGGGGUUCGGGGGCAUGCCUACCCCCACCACCCCCCCCACCCCAAACACCCCCGCAGAGAAAUUUUGAACUUUACUCUCUCGGAAAUGCGAUUUAAGGCGUUUUCUGGGCCUUUCGGUAACUUUUUUUCGAGUUACUUUAAGUGGAAUUUAAAAAGCAAUAAUCAGAAACAACCUACAUAAUCUGGGUGACCGUUAACCUCGCCAAUGGUUUUGAUCAGUAUGUGUUCAAAAAAAAUUUGAGUUAACGUACGUAGCCCCUUGCGAUCGAUGAUACGGUAAUUUUUUCAUAGUAUAUUGACUGAAUUGCUGAAUUCUUUGUAAUAUCAUGAUGCGUUAAAAAUAUCCGAUGAUUGCUUAUGUAAAAUAAAAAUGAUCGGCGAAAUUCGUCAAAAUUUUACCGAGGCGAGUGCCUCGGUUGGCCUCAUACUAGAUACAGCGCUGAAUUAGUUGCCAGGGUCCCACUUUUGAGGUGGGAUGGUACAUGUAGAAGGAGCUUACAUUGUUAUUCAAAUUUUAGUGAAGGCAAAAUGUAACAUGAAAUAACAAAAAUAAAACUUUGCAUGCAAUUUACAGGGUUCGUACAGAGUCUUGAAUACUUGAAAAAGUCUUGAUUUUCCAGAGCUAGAAAAAGUCUUUAAAAUAGAGGUAAAGGCUUGAAAAAAUUGUAAAAAGUCUUGAAUUUUUUGGAAAGCUACAUUGUAUACAAUGAUUCAGUUAAACAUAAGUUUGAAACAUGGCUCAUAGAAAAUAAAUCAAAGAUGGUGACCCAGUAUAAUACACAUAAACAAGCAGCUUUUGCUCACCUAGAAAAUGUGCCUGCAUUGCAUGCUAGUAAAUUAAGUGCAGGAGAAUUACUAGAAUAUAAUGACAACAGGUGGUUUAAUCAGUUAUUAUACCACAUGCACAAAUUUGUUUCUACUGCAUGAUAAAUUCAGGGUUCGUGCAGAAUUUUGAUCCAAAAUUCAAGACUUUUCCCAGACUUUUUCCAAAACAAUAGUUUAUUUUUCCAGACUCAAGGCUAUCAAAUAGGUGAACAAUAGAGACCUUAAAACAAAUGCAGGAACAAAGCUUUUUCCAUGACGUGCAGGCGAUCUAUUGAUAAAGAUUUGACCAACAUGAAAAAACGUUCACUUCUGACGCACUUGUUGUACAUGUAUAUACUUUUAUAUGGUAUUAUUGCUACAGUUACAAAUAAAUGCUUUAUUUAAUUUUCAAUUAUUACAGAUAUUCGUUUUGGCACAAACCUUUCUACGGAGGACUGUGUCCACAAUCUGGACCUAUUUCGCUCUUUGUGCAGUCAGUUAAUCUGCACUUCUGUCCUAGCCCUAAAAAUUGAAGAUUUGUUGUAUGGAUCGCAAGCCAUGAAGCCGAACAUCACUGCUCUUUUAGCUGAGUUAUUUAAUGUAUGUGAAUUUGAAUGGAAGUCACCUGAAAUUGGUACCGAGAAGAAACUGAUUUCUAAAUCAGAUGUUGAUCAGCAAUGUCUUGUUGCUAAUAAAGAAAACUUCAAUGAUAACAGAAGUUUGAGCAAUCCUCUUUUACUCUCCGAAAAGGAUAAAAACCUUGGAUACAGAAGCCCAAGAGAAAAUUUCAAGGUAAAAAAUGGACAAAUUUCAUCCAUGCCUGGACAGUUAAAUAGCUCUUCUGCAGAGCGCAUCCAACAGGUUAAAAGUGAUAUUUGGAAAUCACAAAGUGAUUCACAAGUGAACUCAAACAGUCGACUAUCAUUCAAGUCUCCAUUUCAACUGGAUUUUACUGUAGAUGAUGAUCUGCAGCAGCCUCCAUUAAAUGAACCGUUGACAAAACAAGAUGAGCAUGAAAAAGAUAAAGAAAAUCCAUUUAAUGGAAUAUUCCAGAGACCUGUUCUUGUUAGGGACCGAAAACAUAGUCUUCCUAACACAUUUUGUGUGGGGGGAAGCCCACGUGUCACACCCAGACAAGAACACUCUCUUCUUGCACGGCGCAACAAGCAAAAGCAAAGAACACUUGAUCUUGAGGAGUGGGAUAUGCAGCAAGAGGAAGUAGAAGGUAAAAUCAAUUAAUAACUAUAAAAUUAAUCGUCUAUAAUAAUAAUAAUAGUACUAUUAUGAAAUUAGUUCUUGUACUCACAAAGUAACUUUCCCAUAACUUGGGAAUGGGCUGUGAAGUUCAUGUAGCUAGCUAAGAGCUGCUCAAUCCACAAGGCUCGACCUGCAAUUUAGUAAUUUAUGAACACCUUUUCAGUCCAAUUUAAGAACUGCCAUAAACAAAGUUUCAUGUAACAUGUCAAGAAUGAGGGCAAGUGCUUUGUCACAGGCUCCAAAUGCCAAGAAACAGAUGAAAGCCUGAGGCCAUGUUUCAAGGUGUUUGGAAACUGUGAUGAAGCAUGAAGCCCAAGUUUUUGACACGACUUCUCAAGUGAAACAAUAGGAAAUUAUGCAGUGAAACGUUUUCUCUGGUAUUACUUUGUUUCCAUGGGUUGUGUUAAUAAAUAAUGACAUUUCAUUACAAUGCAAGUAUUUGAUCUCUGAUGAAAACCUGGUGAGUGUUUUAUCUGGUGUUUCAAUGGGUAUCAAGAUUCAUCCACCUGAGCCAAAAGAUCGUUAUUUAUUGUCUUUGAGAAUGCAGUGUUCUACAUUGUAUCAAGAAAUGCCAAGCCUGAUGGAUAAUAGAGGGUGAUAUUGAUGAUUAAGUGAAUGUUCUCACAGAAUGUUUUUAUGUUUGAUAUUUUAAAGUGGUAAAUAAAAGGUUUAGCCUGGAGCAAAAUAAUCAAUUUCCUUUCCAUCAUCUUCAAUUAAAUUGAUUAUUUUGAAUUGGAACUGAAGAAAAUUUAUUCAAGCUUUGAUGUAACAUGGUUUAAAUGGUAUUUUAUCAAAAAUCAAAUCUUGCUGUCAUAACUUGGCUUAAGUUUGUAGCUAACUAACAUUUAAACUGUGAGUAGCAAAACUCAUUCAUUAUAUAAUAUUGGAUUUCAAAGAAGUGAUCUUUUUGAGUGAACACCUAAAAAACAAAGGUCUUAAUCUUAAUUUUUUUUGCACAAUAUGGACAGUAAUGUGUUUUAUAUGUUUUAAUCAAUUAAACUUUAAAAAUCUUUUUCUUUUCUUAAAAAAAAAAUGCAGAAAAGAGUUUCUUUUUUUGGAGCCUACAAAAAGCAGCAUUUUUUAAUAGUAAUUUUCCAUGUUAUUUAUAGGAUACAUAAAUUUUAGUAUUUUCUCUUAAAGUGGAAGUGAUACUCACAAGAGUAAUGUCAUAUUAUUUUGAACUUCUCCAACCCAUGGGUUUCUCUUGAAUUCUCCUGUGAAACUCAAUGAUUUGUGUUUUUUAAGAUCUGAAUUUUAUAAAUUUGCAAGAAUAAACUUUUGUGACAGUUAUAAAAUUCAGUCUUUAAAAUGUUACAGUAUUAUCCUUUGUUUAUUUUCAAUAUCCCUGGCAGGGUUGUAUCAGGCACCUCAAGUAUUCAUGUGAAUUUUAAAUUCUUAAUAAUAAAUACUUCUAUAACAACUGAAAAAGUAUAAACAUGUUAAAAAUCCAACUUCACAGAUAAAAGCAUUCUUCAGAGAUAUCUACAAGGUAUGUUGCGGAAUAUUAUAAAAUUAAUAUUAUAUUAACCACUUAAAAAUAAUGUAUUUUCUAUUUUUCUUUAAAACUAAUCUGUGUAAAAAAAUAAUUAUUAUGAUAUCAGUCGCGACAACUGGGACUUACUUAAAUUUUAUUCUCUUGGUUGUUUCCCACCUUAAUACCUUGCGGAAAUACUUUGAAUUAUUGCCAAAAUGUCAGACAGUCACAAGUGACCUUAGGCCACACCUCUUCAAUCCAGUCAUGAUUGUCAUCUUAAGACAGAAUGCAGUGACUUCUCUCUAAGAUCAGCAAUACUGGUAUCAACCAGCACUGGCUGUUGCUUUUCCUUAGAGGUGUCUGCCAAAAUGACUAAGUAACAACAAAUACCAACCUUGUGCAGGUGCAAACAUGUGUUUAGACCACGAGCAGCUGUCAUUACUUAGAGCCGCAUGCGGCAAUUGAAAAAGUAUUAAGACGAAAUCCAUUGGGAAAUUGAGUACAGUGAAACCCUGCCUUACGUCCUCCUCGGUAAUACGGUCAUCUUGUUAUUACCGCCACUUUUUUUGGCCGCCUGGCAAAAACUGCCAUACAUUUUCUUGUAAAAAAACCCUCGUUGAUACGGCCACCCCGUUAAUACAGCCAAAUUUUUUUGACCCAUUGGUGACUGUAUUGAUGGGGUUCCAUUGUAAAUUCAAUUUUCAGUGGACAAAACCUUUUACCAGAAUAAUUAGAACAACAUUGCAUUCUUUUUUAUAUUUUUCAAGGGCUAUAGAUAUAAUAGGUAUCGGUAGUACAUUGUAACUUCAACUAUUUCUCAUGGGAACCCGAGAAAACAAAUGUCAAGUUUUACAAGAACUGUGAAAACACAGGUAAAAUUCUGAAAAUUUCAUGUGUAAGAUGCAUUUUGGGAAAUUUGACAUUUCUCGGUUUCUCAUAAGAAAUUUUCUUCGGUGUUAUUACAGAUAACUAAUUACAUCUAUACAAUGUAGUUCUUGUAUACUGUAAUAAAAAACGUGAUAUUGUUUAAAUUAUUCUGGUACAAGGUUUUUGUCCACUGGAAAUUAAAAUUACUCAACUUCCUGAUGGCUUCCGUCUUAAUCAUGCAAAUUAAUAGCCUUUGCUCAGACUUCUGCCCUUGUUCCUCUCAGAUUCACUGUUUGACCCCCAUGGAUGCUCUUGGUCUACCGUGACUCAAAAGAAAAAUACGGCACUGCUUGCAGUCUAAAAUGUACUAUACUCAAUAAAUAAGUUUCGAAGCAUUACUUCAUACCAGACAAGUAAUAAGAUAAAUGACGAAGCUUUAUAGUGUAUAUAAAGAUAAAGCAAUUUGGGAUGUUGCUGAUUUUGUUUACUGUAAUAUUGUCCUUAUUGUCAACAUUUUAGUAAUGCAGGGUCACUUCUGAAAAUUAGUGACUGCGGUAAUAGACUCAAGGCCUUGUCCUUGCCUAAUAUAUUAUUGUGUCUUUCAAUCCAGAGCUGCAUCUCAAUGAUCUCCAGAGAUCCCAGUCACUUAGUGGACUUGAUAAAGCUGCUCCAGUAGAACCAAGGCAGUCAUUUCAUGCCUGGCGAGAGGAGACUGGAGCGAGUUUAUCCGACACCAAUCUGUCGUCCAGUAGGAAUCAAAGAAUAUCACUUGACUUUAGGUGGGUCUUUUAAAAGUUGUCAAGCUUGUAAGUCAUGUUCAUUUUACAAGGGUGUUUUAAAUUUAGGAUAUUGUGUACCCUCCUCCCUCAAAAAACAUAAUUGAUUAACUUACCAGAAAUGUGAAUCACAUCUGCAGGAUGUAGGAGAACUUCUUUCUUAUAGCCUGUGCUGUCUGUAAAAUAACCAAUCAGUCAAGUGUGUUACCAUCGCAACUUGUUUGAUUGGCCAGCCUUAAAAGAUAAAUAAAUUACCGGUAUUAGAUAAAUUUGGUGCUGUUUAGCUACUCACAAUUUAAGGCCAUUUUUUGUUUUGCUUUGAUUUAGAAAAAAAGGGCUACUUACGGUCUGUAAGGAAGACAGUGCUUCACAACUUUUUUUUUUAAUCAAAUAAGCACUGUUCUGAAGUAAACGCAUCACCAAAAAUUCCAAAAAUUAGCUUUCCACUGAUUAAACUUGCGCCAUGUCUAUUUCUAGUGGCAUUAAUUCUCUUAACUUCCAAAGUUGUUUAGACGAAGAACAUGGCAUAAUUCAUUAGGAAUUCGUGGGUUCUUAUAUGAUGAUACCGAGUAACUUACAUUAGUUGUGUCUUUAUUCUGUUUCUGUCUCAUCAGACCAAACCUAACAACCAAUGUCACUCAGAAGGGUAGAGAGGGAAGUGUUCCCCAGAAGGGUGCUGAAGGGAUCCAUGCAGAAAUUAAGUCAUCAGGAAUAGCCACUAAACGGGAAGAGCAUACAUCACAGGACAGUCUGUCUUCAGUUGAUAGUCUUAAUACCAGACUUACAGGGGAUAAACCCUGGGAAUCUCUGGCAGCAGUGGGUAAGGGAUCAUUUGUCGUAUUGAGAUGAUAUAAGUACAGGUUGAGUUAACAUAGGUGUAGGUUGUCCUUGGUUGAAAUAUGUGGAAUAAAGUUGCUCUUUAAGUUUCGAAAGAGACUUAGCGGGAAUGUUUGCUAAAUGGGGUUAUUGUUAAUGGGGUUAAGGAGAGAGUAAUGAACAAACAAAGUUGUUUAAAACCGACGAACAUGCUUUAGCGUAAAAGAAAAUUUACCCCGGUCGCCCCUGCGUUACACCAGAAAACAAUUGUUGUAGACCCAACUUUUUCUUUGCCUCAAAAUGCAUCUCUCUUACAAAAAAGACUUCUUUAGCUUCAUUUGUUGCUGCUUUUGACCCACCAAUAGACAUGUGGUUCAAGUUAAUUUUUCAUUUAUGAGUGCGUUAAGUAGAACAAAAUUCGAAAGAAAUAGUUCUCCAGAAGGGCAAAAUGUCAAGUGGUCAGCGUCUUGGAGUCGUACAUUAGACUCUUUCACAGUUUCCUUCUGCUUUUGACAUGGAGUAGUCAGCGAAAAUCCGUUGACACCGCUGGAAAGAACACCUUAAAAUAAUCAACGUUGCCAAGUUUGGGGCGAUUUAUUGGAAACUAACGAACAUAAAGCUUCGCAAAGUCGCAAAAUUUUACAGACGUUUCUUUGGUGGAGAGCAAGUUUGUUCCCCCACCAUACAAACGUCUAAAAAAUUUCGCGUCAUUGCGAAGGUAUAUCUUUCGUCGCUUCAGGCGUAUCACGUUCAAACUUGGCAAGUUUACCGAAUUUAAGGCGCUAUUUUCAGCAGUGUCAGCAGAUAUCCGCUAUUUGGCCCUUAUCAAUACUUCAAGAAACCGUAAAAGGGUCUCUCCAGAGCUUUCAAUUCAACCCCCUCCCAAGCUAACCACUAGCUGGAGUUUUUCGCUUGCUAGUCGCGAGUUCAUCUCUUCUGCUGUGCUUGUUUAUGCCCAAUAUUGAUUUCCCUUUUGCUUGUGAGGGUUUUAUACGUUGUUGUUUUUUUAUUUAGAUUAAUUGAUAAGAGUGUCCGUAAACUAGCAACUAUAAACAAGGCAUUAACAUGUACCUGAUUAACGUUAACCUGAUGCUCUGAAAUGGAAGAUUCCAAACAAUCAAACCUAGGUACAGAGGUCUAUUUCAUACAUGUUUUCUUGCCUUGAUAUAGCGCUUGUGUCAUAGACUUUUCCUGUGACAAUGUUCUAGUUUUUCUCGCCAAAAGUUUAUGAUGCGAUGCUCGUGUUCCAGACACUUGUAAAUACCCUAACAUGUUUUAUUUACAGGUGUAAGGGACAGCUACAUGAGCGAUAUUUCAGCCAAGGAGCUGAGCCAGUUCGAGGAGAUCGAGGCCAAACUCCUGGCUGGAAAAAGUGUAGAGACUCCUCGCACCUUUGCAAAAUCGAAAGGCAAUUUUCCAAAAGCGCCGUUACCUCAAGAAGAUGAAGACGAACUGAAUACCAGCGUGAGCAGCGAGGACAUGAACAUGUUUCGGCUUGAGGUUUUGCAGCGUCUUACAGAGGAUAAAUUACAACAAAUUCCCGAUGGCGCUGAAAUGGAAGACAGCGAUGAUCCUAUACUCCUAGCCCGCAAUAACGCGGUCAGCGUUUCCAGCAAUCCACCAGAUCAACGCGCCCAUCUAGAAGUGCCAGAUGCGCCCGCGGACGAUCCCAGUGAUCAGCUGUCUCCUAUAGCCGAGACAACAGAGCCUCUAGUUUCCAAUCCAAACUCGGUGACCUCUGCUAAUUCCACUGCGCCUAGCAGUCCUUGUUCGCCUUUGGACGUUGCUCCUUUUAUGCCGGCCUUCUUUACUACUUCACCCGCAAGUACUCUUGAUAGAAAAAGUAAAAGAUUCAGUAUAAAAAGCAGGGAAAACAUGGAGAAGACUCUUGUAGGGGAGGAGGAAGAUGAAUUCCAAGCUGAUCCAGAAAUGAGCGCGACUCCAAGAAUUCAAGGAAAAUCAGGAGAAAAGGCCGGUCUUUUUCCUUCUCAUAGUAAAUCAUAUGAGCAGCUUGUACGCGGUAGCUAUACUGUUGGUCAGGUGUCCGUAGAGUCUGCCAAAGCCGCUGGUAUUCCUGUGAUCGGAGAGGGUAGACAAAUGUCAGAAAUUGGUGGGUCCUUCGAAGUAGCUAGCGGCUCUGUUGCUGAAAGGACUAACUCUUCAACCAGUGCUUCGAGCGAUGUGUUUCAAAGUGGGAAACUUAUCCAGACUGAAGCGGAUUCAAGUCAAGAUCUCUCAGGCUUUAGACCACUUAUUUUGUCUUCCGGUGGCGUUGAAACGACUGGCGCUGCAACGGAGGCUGUUGAUGGGCGACGGGACUCGCUCGAGAGCUCGCCCGCGCCUUCACCGUCUUUAAACCUUGGGAAACGGGACGGUGCCCACCAAGAAGCGGCUUUGCUAGCACGUGACAUGGCAUCUCAGGACAGCCCGAAUGAUGUGGUUAUUUUUGAGCGCUCUCUUUCAAAUCCUCCUGCAGAAAAUUCAAACUCUAAGACAGGUCAAACUGAGCAGCAUAAUACUGAAACUGUAACACGAUCGAGUACUUUUGAAUCGCCCGUCUUUGAUUUUAACCAAGACACAGUUGAGAAUUAUAAAAUUAAUGUUUCUGGAGACUUCCGAACUUAUAAGGUAGGUGCACAGAGCGGACUGGCCGGUAGAGAGGUAUUUAAAGCUAACAGCCCUGCAACUUCGUAUGAUGAGGAUACUGCUGAUCAAAGAUUACAGGACAUACGGCAGGCAGCUCACUUUGGUACUUACAGUAAAAAAUCUCAUAAGGAUGAACAAAAGCAGUACACUGACGGUCCAGAUCAGGCAAGCGACUCUUCUGAUGGAAGGCCGCACCAUCGCAUCGUUCAGGAAACCCAUGAACAAGGCGUUAGAGAUCUUAGACAUUCGGAUGGAUUUUCGACGUUUAGAAAAGACUCAGCGCCGCAAGUAAGGAGGGAAGAGAUUGAGGCCAACGAUCCUGCUCUGGAUCUGCGGCUGUCUGACGGAUUUACAACUUUCAGAAAAGGGACAGUUGAUGCUCUUUCGGGCAGUCUAACGGCGCGGUCUUCAACAGGUUCCACGUAUGAUCGAAGAAGCAUUGAAGCUGACAGGUUUUCCACGUUUUCAAGGAAACAAAAGGAUAAACAGGGUCAUGAUCAGGAGAGUGUUGACAGUUUACACGACACUAACGCUUCAGAGCGCUCUGAUAUCCAGCAAGCACCAGUAUCUGCGACACCUCACUCCAACAAGGGAGGUGAGAGUGAUGAGAGGCAGGCUUUGCCAAGAGGGGUGGAGGAGGUACAGACACGUUCAUCUGGAUCAUCUUACAUUACCCGCUCGAGAACAUUUCGGAAAACGCCCGGUGGGAAUAUCGUUGAUGAUCAUGUUACAAAUGCAAAUACUUCUUCAGGACACGGCAGGAACACAUCUUUAUCCAGCAGCGGCGGCAAGCUUUCUGGUCAGCAGACUGUAGUCACAAAUAUCCGAGUCAGUCCAGAGGGAACAGGAAGUGACAAUCCGCACAGAAUUAGCUGGACAGACGAACCGGAGGCUGGGGCGAGGCUUAUGAGGCAAUUAAAUGCGAGUGUUGAUAAAAAGGUAAGAGAGGAAAAACUGCCCUAGCCUACGUGGCAGGUGUUUGAAAGGGAAGGGAAAGGGAGUUUUAAGCGCGAGAGAAACGCGAGGGGCGGCAAUCAGAGAGAGAGGGAAACGGUGUUAAUUUCUUUCCCUCCCUCCUCGCGCGCCCCCUCGCGUUUCUCUCGCGCCUAAAACUCCCAUUUCCUUUCCCUUUAAAACUGCCCUUAUGACUUAGACCCUGUUUACAUGGAGUGGGGGACCCCGGUCUAGUGGGGUAGGUUUCUUUUGUUUUGUGUCCCCCAGAGCGUGAAAACAAAAGAAACCAACCCCACUAGACCGGGGUCCCCCACUCCAUGUAAACAGGGUCUUAGACAGACAGCUCUUCACCUUUAGAAAUACUCAGUAUGCGACUUAGUCAGUUAGACUAACCACUGAAAACAGCCGAUAUUUCGCUUCGCGCUACCUUUGGUUUCCCCGCGAAAUGACGUCUGAGGAAUGACUGCAGAAAUAGGCCCUUUGCAGCUAGCCAUUCACGCGGUACAACACCGCCAUGCUGGAGAGCAGAAGUCGCACUGGGACAUGACAAACAAAGGAAACUAGCAUUUAAAAUUAUGUAUGUCUAGUUUGUUUGUCUUGUCCCGGUGCGACUUUUUUGCUCUCCAGCACGGCACGUGAAUGGCUAGCUGCAAAGGGCCUAUUUUUUACUGGUGACGUGUCACUACACAGAUCUGGAUAGUGUUUCUGAUUGGUUGAAGCAAAUUCCCUCGUUCCACGACCUGAACUGCGUAGUGACACGUCAUCAAAUGGAAUUUCUGCAGUUGUUCCUCAGACGUCAUGUUUGGGGGAAACCGGUGGUGGCGUCCCGAAAUGUUUAGAAAUUUUACUGAAAAAAUAGUUGCCCACUGCUGGUGUUCAACUACAAAAUAAUUACCACCAUUGAAAGCGCAAGUUAAAAGAAACUGUAACCCCUUAUGAAAAUCACUGAUUUUUGUUUUAUUAAACUCAGGCUGAAUUGUUUUAAAAAAAAUAGACCAAAUCCAGGCUUAGUUACCAUAGCAACUAAUAUGUUCCAUUUACCGUUGGAGGAGCUAUGUACGUCACGAGGAUAUUUCCGUUUUAGGUCAAUUCUCUGCUUAGGUCAUUACCAAAUUCCUUUAUACAUACACAAAAUGCUUCUGUAGAGUUAUGGAGAAGAAAUCAAACAAAUUCCAUCAGGGAGCAUUAACCAUAGGAAUUUUCUUGGUGAUUUUUACAGGCAGAGCGAAAAACUUGAAAAAGUUGGACCAACUUUGCCAAGUUUCAAUUCACGACCAUCUCUGCCAUCCGUCGCGACAAACGGCGUUAAACAGUUUCGGUGCCGAGAUAUAAUCGUAAAUAACAAAACUGGAACAUAAUCUUUAAAAAAAAGAUAGUAAACAGGGUAACUUAGCCCGUUUAACCUUGGAUUAGAGCUUAUCGAGCCUAGCACAACUCGAAGAUUAAUUUUGUUGUGUGAUUGUGGUGUAAACUUCGCUCGAAACUAACUACACACAGUGGCCCAGGCCUCCCGUCAAUUUACUGACCAGCUGUCUCUUCGAACAGACUGCACACGAGAUUAACAGCCCAACAAGCAGUCCCAGAAGGCGUAGCAGCCCAAGACAGACUGGACGUGGAAGCCCUGGGGCGAGGAUCAGUUGGCUUACUGCAGCAAAGAGUGGGGUAGGAGGGCAAGUUAUGCUCAAUGAAAAAGGUAAGAAAUGCAGGGAGGGUAUGGUAAGAACUUGGCUGGUACUGGACAAGAGAGAACUGAAUAGGUGAAAAAUUCCAAAACUUACGGAAGUAAGAACUUUCCUUGCUGUAAACCGCAUACUAUUUAUGAUGAGUCCAAAGUAAUCUCCUAGGCUCUAUCUGGACUCUAUCUGACAUCAUCUUACACAAAAACUUAUUACGAGAGUGUGGCCCGCGAGCGGUUAAGAGCAUUUCAAAACCAAACAAUGCAAAACAAUUCAUUACUUUUGUUUGUGCAGUUUGCCUGCAACAUAAUUUAGUUCAGUCGCAAACUGUCUUGGAUAGCUGCUCUUUAUAUUGCUUUGCAAGUAAGAUUCAGUGAACAAUAACGACAGGCUGGAACCAGUGUGGAAGGCUCGCCGAAGAGAUAAGAUUCUUAUAUCCAUAUCUCGUGAUAAUUAGUAACCAUAAACUCAAUAGCGGAUCUGUAAGGCAAGUUGUAGGCAUCCUUUAGAAAAGAAAUUGUUCAAUUCAGGCUGCCAUUUCACUAAUAUAUGCUUCUAAUCAGUCAGUUAUUUUAGAACAUUCUUCACAAUUAAUUAAGUUCCUUAUCUAGCUGGAAAAGAACCUCAUCCUAAAUAUGAUUUGAUUUUGCGGGCAAAGUCGUAGAGAUUGGUUGACUUACAACUCACCUUUUGGGUUUUCGUGACGAACAAAGCUUUGAAAAUCAUUAUGGCAAGAUUCUUGAUGUCUGGAUUAUAUUGAUGUUUUUAUUUCAAGUUGGCUUAGUUUCAUGUAUUGAAAAAUUGUGUGCUUUCCAAACGAAAUGUUGUAUUUUUUUACGUUAAAAGUGACUCAAUGAUAAUGUGUGUACUUUUUUCGCGUAUCUCCUGAAGUGAAAAACAAACCUUGUGAAGGAGACUAUUUCUAGAGAUGUGUCGACCAUGUUGCAGGAAAUAUGUGACCAGCGCCAUGAAUGUCAAGUAUGGCUAUAAUUAUAUGUUUUGUAUCUAAAUUACAGAAAAGUUGUUUUUCUUGCAGAAGACAAUUGGUGUAUAUCCGCCGGUGGAAGCGAUCUGCUUGCUUUAAUCUCUCUUUUCCGUUUAAUGAAGUAAUUCCGAGGUGCGGCCGAAGCAAUUUGUUUUACUUGACAAACACUACACCCUUUUACAUCCUUAACUUAAGCUGAUUUGGUUCGUUAUCUCAACUUCAGGAAAUUGGUAUUGUAACAAACGUUCUCAAAUUCAUUCAUUGUAGACUGAUCAAUACUGCUUUACUGCUUUCUUAUCCGUUUGUCGGCAAUUAAUACUGUUUGACUUGUUCAGAAGAGUGAGAAAUAUUCUUGUAAAGGUCCGUUUGCGUGGUUUUACUGCGAUUGUGAGAAGCCCUCGAUCUCGCGUUAGUGUCGAAUAACGUGACUGUGUUUUCGCGUGUUGUUUUGACACUCACUUUAAACACGCAUGAGUGAUUCGCAGCUGACAAAGCCGUGCCGCCGGUGAUGAAGACGCUCUCAAGUCAUCUUGCUUGGACGCAGAGAAAUCCCUUUGACCUGCAGAAGAAAGGUACGUUUACCUACAUUCUUAACGUUAAUAAUGAAUAAUGUAUGCGAAUAGAAUGAUUGUUGAUGUGCUUGUACUUCGCGCGCACAGCUCUAGUCUGUAAUUUGCAUGUUGAGAACUGAAUAUAUUAUCUUUGAUAAUCGUGGCAAUGGAUAUGUUUUUGCGCGUUUUUUAAUCGGUUUUUGCGUUGUUCCACCGGUUUAAACCCAGCUGAUCUUUUAGAUCUUUUACAAAUAACUCAGCGUGUGCGAUCCAGCCCGACAGGAGAUAGUGAAAGAGGGAAAUUCGCGAACAGCCGAUAUUUAAAUAGUCAACGUGUACGCCGAGGAUUUUAUCGAACUGCUACAUCACCGCGUUCUAUUCUGUAAGCGAAGCAUCGCUUGUUAUGAUGUCACUACCCAGGAAUGAAAUUCGAAGGACUUUGAUGUUGGAUUGAAUGAAACGUCAUAAAGCCAAAAUAACCUUUUGCCUUGUAAACGACGACUCGUAUGUGAACGAAAUGGUAGAAUACUGUUGGAUAUAGCUUACAGACGCAGUGUUAUGGCGAGCGAUCUGCAUUCGUUUUAACCACGUUUGGUUCUAAGCAUCUGUUUGACAUUUUUGUGCUCUGACUCUAACGGAAAAUCCUUCCUGAAAUUCACGAAAAUCAAGUCGAAAGAACUGAAAAUAGCCACGCCGAUCAUAAAAUUUCCCAAGGAGUUUGUUGUACGACACCGUCACCGGAAGUGGACGUGUUUAUGUCCACUCAUGAUGGUUUGUUGAGUGUAUCAUAUUGCUGGGUCUUUUAAAUGUCUGUUGGAAGAGAAUUCAAGGUAUUCCACUGUGAUUCAUUUAAACAAAGUAUAGCUAACAAUUUACUGUCUGAGAAUUCAAGCUGAUUCAUAACCAUGCAUGAAUUUAAGUAUUCACCAAUAUUUAAAUCUAAUUAGUACCCCAGGAUAUGACUUGCUUAUAACCUUCACACGAAUGGUCACACUACGAUUUCUUUUCAGAGAGGAAAAAAUGCUCGUAAGGGACGUAAUGUUUUAUCCAUAGACCCGAAAGUUAGCCUUGCAACACAACGAGAUUCCAAUACAAUUGUAGAAGUGUUAGCUCUUGCCAAAUGAAAGACUUUAAAAGCAUUUGCAUGAGGCGGGUAUCGGAGGAGAACCUAGUUAUAUUUCCUAGAAGCUGCUGAGUAGCUAGAUUAUUUUCGUAUACGAUCUGUUUUCGAAAAACCUUGUUUGUUCGUUAUUUUACUUAACAUAAUCAUGUAAUAGUUGUUCCAAAUAGUUUAUGUUUGAAAUGCGCGAAAAAUGUUUAAAAUGCUUGUCUGAGAAGGUUCGAUAUUUUGUUGGAUUCAAUAUACAAUAUUUACAAUGAUCAUUUUCCAAUUAUUUUUUAUCUAGCAAAGCAUAUAUUGAGCUAAAGCAUAGUGAAUAUUGCUCUCACGCACUGGUCUUGAGAAGUGAUUUUGUUUUUUGUCUAAUUGUCGCCUUUUAGUCGCUGUUUACAGGAGAAAGUUUUAUGUCUUGUUUAAUUUCUACAAAAUUGAGUUCAGUCGUGUUUGCAUUUUGUACAUUUUUGACUCGUUAGGGGGUUGUUAGACAAAUUUUCAUGUAAGUACUGAUUAUAUGGUGAAUUUCAUUAUCACGAGCAGAUGCCUUUUGGCAAGUCAGUUCUGUAUUUACCGAAGCACCGUGGAAGCCAGGAUUCUUUUUAUCGUUGUAUUUUUCAUAGAGGCACCAUUCCAUGUUUAUUUUGUAUCCUGUUACUUCAUUUGUGUUUUUCAUUUUGCAUCACAAACAUGUUCAUUGUGAUUAUAUUGCUAUCAUGUUCUUGAACCAUUUUUUGGUGAAACCACACACGAAGGAAUUAUUUUUUCAUCAUUAGCGCAAGACGGAUCAGCCAUUUACCUUAGCCACAAAUCCUUAGAGGUCUUUGAGCUACUCUUUGGCAUUCUGUUUGACAAUCUAUAGCGGGUUUUUGAAUGGACAGACGUCUGGCAAAAAUUUAAAAAAAAAAUAUUUUUUCUAUAGCGCCAAUAGUAGCAUAUGCGGUCAGUAUAAAACACGGACUGCGGACUGCGGACUACGGACUGCGGACUGGGUAUAAAAUACGGACUAGGUAUAAAACGCGGACUAGAAAAUACGGACUGGGUAUAAAACACGGACAAGGUAUAAAACGCGGACUGCGGACUGCGGACUGGGUAUAAAAUACGGACUACGGACUACUUUGGUAAAAACCGUGCAAAUUGGUUCUAGGUAAGGAAAAAUAAGAUCAAAAGAUCGCUAAAUAGCAAGACACGUGAGUUAAAGUUGUAAAUACUCUUAUAGAUUCUUGGUGGAGGUGUCCCGCCCGGUUCUCUGAAUCAUGAGCCGGAUCAAAAUGCUAUUUUCUUCACCCAUUUUUAGACCUUGUCUUGGUCUCUAACAAUCAUGAAAGGGGUCAGGAUCAGGGGGGUACUCCCUUAUAUAAGGGAAGGGUAGGGGUUUUGGGCCUUUUUGGUCUGAAAACACUUUGCCCAUUUUGGUGUGGAAUCGGGUAUGGUUUUCGAGGGUACAACGGGAGCGUACAUGAAUGGACGUAUUUAUCGUUUCAAUUCCAAAUGAAUAAGAACGAAAUAGAAAUGUGCGAAUUCGAAAUGCAUUUGGAGAAUUUUUUUUGUUUCCGCUCUAACUUGGUAAUGAUGACAAAAUUUCUGCCUAAUCAUACCUAACCUGUUCAAGGUUCUAAGAUAGUUGGGUCCGAUGAAUUGAGAAAGCGAAAACACGAAAAUAAAAACUGGGGAGUCUCCCCAACUAUCUGAGAACCUGGAACAGGCUAAAUUAGGCCAGGUCCGAAAAUGGGUAUGGAUUUUAGAGAUCUAGUCUGAAAACGGGUGUGGAAAAUGACAAUUUUUUGGUCUGCAAUAAGGUCAGGAUUCGGGGAACCGGGCACUACACCCCAACGAAGAAUUCCCAGUAGUACCCCCUUCCGGGGAUCAGGAGCAGGGUGUAAAUCAUGUCAUCAUAAUCAUCACUUAGAAUAUAACGUUGAAUGACGCAUUUCGGUUAUUAUUCACGUAUGUGAGUAAUCCCUCGCACCUAAAUACUGCUUUGUGCAUCGCAUUGACCUUCUCGUCUGAGUUCUUCAUUCAGUCCUCAUAUUCCCAAGGCUUUAUUUGAAACGGAAUUGUGGCGUCCGAUAAGAAUUUUACUGAUCUGACUAAUACCAAUACUAUUUUUUUUUAAUUCGGUGCUUCUUAUUGGUGUAAAACUGCAAAUUGAAAUCUCUUCAAACUCCUUCUUUUCAUAAAAUUCAGAGUUUAAUGUCAGUUGCCUUGAGUACCGGCAUAACCUUCCUUCUCCAUGGGAAGAAUAGACUACGUGAACAGCGUUAAAGCUGGGACUACUGUUUUUGCUAGUCCGCUUUCUAUUUCUCUCAGUUUUACCUUCUAAAGCUGUUUUUAUAUACAUAGUCCGUAGUCCGCGUUUUAUACCUAGUCCGUGUUUUAUACUCAGUCCGGAGUCCGCGUUUUAUACCUAGUCCGUAUUUUAUACCCAGUCCGCAGUCCGUGGUCCGCAGUCCGCAGUCCGUCUUUUAUACUGACCGGUAGCAUAUGCACCACAAAAUGGCGUACAUGUACAAAGCCUCUACAGAACAUAAUAUUUUGUUGAUGAAAAUGGAAGCAAUUUUAUAUCCCGUUUUAUAUAGUCCAUCAUGUGUGCGCAAUAACAGUGCUACAUCUAGGGGUUGGUAAUAUAUUUGCCUAGCAUGAGCUGAGUUUGCUCUGUUGGGUUCCGGCAUAACAACACCCCCGACAUGUCUCGUAUGUUGGCUCUCAGACUUGGCCACUGUAAAUCGUGGCCUCUUCUGUUAACUUGGAAACGGAGGGUGGCAUUCUCAAAGUUAGUGGCUGUCAGUUGUUAUUCCCGAUGUUUGUCAUAUAUGCAGGCCUAUCAAAUAGCAAAUCCAACUUUAACCUCAAAAGCCGGCCUAGCCUUCGUAUAACUUAGCAGGCGCAUGAAAGUAAUAGUGCGCGUGGGAGACACGCGAGGGGUGAUAUAAUCACGUAUGUUGGGAAGGCGUAUUUAUACGUCCACCACUAAUUGCAAAUUAAUCUGCUCCCCCUCCCCCAACAUCUGUCUUUUCCUGUCUUGUGCAAUGUGAAAGUGAUCCCUUCAAGUUCAGUGUUAUCGCAGACGUUCGAAUGCUUAAAUUUGUUGCCGUCGACGGUCAUUGGGUCGUGUGUUUUGGCGAUGUCACUUUUUUCACUAAGCUGUCUCCAUUUGUUAUGUAUAGGCAGUAUUUAUUUUCGUCUGGUGUGCAGUUUAUUGACUUUAAUAUUCAUAUUAUUUUGCAGGUUGCAUGCAGGACGACACAAGAACGAAGCACUCAGCUGAUGAAUUUUUCACCCAUGAGAAACCGCAUUUUAUGGCAGCGACGGCCUUUCGCUCAAAACCUAUGUUCCAAGACGAGACGUCUCCUUGGAAACAAAGCGCACCUGUCCCUUCUUCGUUGGAAAAUAAAAAACAAACAGCUUUUUCCUCUAGGUUUUUGCUAAAUGGGAAAAUAUCAAGUGCUUCAGCCUUCACCUCUCUUGAAAAUGAGCCUAAAACAUUUGAGAAUCCUUCUUCAAACUCUACCGCUUUUGAACGUGACACCCCUGCUGGUGGAAGUAUUCGGGACCGGAUAGCAGCGUUGUCGGCCGCGGCCGGUGUGUCACGCUUGGAUUUAACACCAACCAAAGAAUAUGUCACGUCAGGUAGGGAACAGUCCAACCUGACCACUGGAAAGGGUGUAGCGUUUAACAUUGACUUUCAAAAAGCCACUAAACCUCAACCACCUCCCCGUGUAACGUCAAGAUUUCGAACUAAAGAUCUGCAGAGAAAGUCAGCUUGUGAAACGCGAGCUAUAAAUGAGCAGGAACGUAAAAUCCUAAAUAGCAGCGACCUUGAAUCCGUGGAUUUCGGUCUAGGAAAUAACAGGGAAGUCAAAGCCAUAAAUAGUGCAAAAUUCGGAACGGUAAAUAAGAAGGAGCAGGAAACCGCAAAUAAUGGAGAAUUAGUGGCGAUUGAUAAAAGAGAAACUGGAACUGUUGAUAACGAACAGGGCGUUGUUAAUGACAGAUUCGUGGCAUUUGAGGUGGGCUUUGAUGACGAACCUCAAUCAAAACGGGCAAAGGGAGAACCAGGUGUAUUGCAUUCCCCGUUUAUGCCCUUAAAGACGCGUUCAAAUCGCAAGUACCAACAGAAAUCGAGUGCAAAGAUUCAGCUACAGCGAUCGAACGUAGGCGAGGCUGGUUUGGCUUGCUCAGAUGUCAAGCUGGAAGAGGCAGUGACAAGGCACGGAUUCGUGGACGUGAAUUCUGACGAGAGAAAACGUGACACUUUUACGUUGGAACGCUUACCACAGUCGACAGAGAACGAAAAUGGUGAAGGUCUACCUAUAACAACUAUACUAAACGAUCUAGCAAGUAGGGAAGAAUUAAAGCAAUGCCAACAGCAGUCACACGAUGAUUCCUCGGCGCUUGUAGACGAAACACCCCUGAAACGAAGUACAUUUACUUUGGAGAGCGUGUCUCGAGAAAUUGAUAACGCGAUCGAAACUUAUUUUCCAAAUGAAGGUGUCAACUCAAACAAAACGGAUUCACCUUCAGACGAGAAACAAGAAUCGGCAGAAAAGCGAUCGACGUACACUUUGGAUUCGGUUUCGCUUUCUAUACAAAGGGGAGCUGAUGAAGGCUGGCUUCCAUCAGAGGUUUUGUCUCAGUUGGCGAAAGAGGAGGAAUGUCAGGCAUCGAAAGUCGCAGCUAAUAACGAAUCUGUUGUAAAGCGCAGAACGUUUACUCUUGAACCUGUGUCGCAAACUCUUCAAGAAGGCCAGAACAAAGGUUUGUCUGUGAGCCAGGUAUUAUCACAACUCGCGAAUAAAAAUGAGUUACAGUCAUCGACCUCGUCAACUGACGAGGAAAACACUCCAAAGCGUGGCACCUUUACCUUAGACUCUGUGUCACAGACUUUGCAAGAGGCUGAAGAGAAAGGCUUACCCACAUUGGAGGCUCUUCAUUGGCUCGCAUCUGAGAAGGAACGCCAUUCAUUUGCUGAGACAACUUCAGAAGUGACAAGUCAGCCAAAUCCUCAGAAUCGAGGAACUUACACUUUAGACACAGUUUCUCACGCUAUUGAGGAGGCUGUAGAGAAGGGAAUCCCAGUUUCUGUGACACUAAACCACUUAGCAAAGGAGGAAAAGCAACAGCGGAAUUCCCAUGUCCAUCAUGGCAGUGAUAUCUCUACUAGGGAUGGGACGUAUGAACUAAAAGGAUGUGAUGCACACUCUUUGUCGUCCAUCACCCGAGACGAGUUUGAAGCUACCUUUGAAGACACCCUAGAACAACUUGAGGAUUGCGUGACUUGCGACAGCGACGAAGAGUUUCCAACAUCUCACAGGCGCGAACGGCCCCGUGCGGUGAACUCAGGGAAACGAGGCACAUACGACCUUGAGGACGUGUCUGCUUCUUUUCAAGAUGGUGAGAAAGAUGGCGUUCCUGUGGUUAAGACGCUUGAGCAUUUACCAAAAAAUGACCUUUCCGAGGACGGAAGUGUGAAGAUUCAGCUUUCUGAAGAAAGGCGAGGAACUUAUACAUUGGAUGAAGUGUCAUGUGCAUUACAAACUGCUUCGGAAGAAGGCAUUCCUGUAGUGGAAACUUUGGAGAAUUUGGCAAGAAAUAAAGAGACAAGUAAGGAGGGUAAAGAGAAAGAAGAAAGUAUCGACAAAAGACGCACAUACACUUUAGAUGAAGUGUCAAAGUCAAUUGAACACGCCAAGAAUACUGGAGUACCUGUGAUUGAAGUACUGGGGGCUUUGGCAAAGGACAAACCAAAGAGCCCGUUACGCCUUAAGAUACCAGACCGAGGAGCAGACAACAGGGGUACUUACACCCUUGACGAAGUCAGCCACACUUUAGAACAUGCCAAGCAGAGGGGACUCCCAGUUGUUGACGCGUUAGGACAUUUGACUUCUUCUAAAGAUUCCCCCGUUAGACAGACACCAGAUGCUGUACAUCGAAGACAAGAGAAGCUAAUCAACAGGAAGACCUACGCACUGGCCAGUCCUCUGGAGACCAUCGGCGAGGGAACCAAGCUACGUCUAUAUGAUGGAAGUAAAAAACGAAUGAUGUCGCCGAUAAGUUUCCACGUCAAAUCCCAAGAAGCUUUGACAUCAAAACCACACAGUAGUGAAAAUAUCGCUAGCGGCCUAGGUGUCGUUCAAAAGUUGGAUUACUUAACAUCAGCUUGCGAGCGUCUGCUUGAAGCGAAUGCUAAAGAAAUGGCAAGAGAUCCCCAGCGAACAGAAAGCUCUCGGCAGAAUACGUCGAAUAACGAUUCUGUGCUUGGGUCAAACGAAGUUCGUCCUGAAUCUUACACCACUGAGUCCGAACGGAAUACGUAUUCUUUGGAAAGCGUCUCACUGACAAUUGACGAUGCAAAAGCGAAGGGAAUUCCGGUUGUAGAGACGCUAAAAGACGUAAGUUCAGUUAGGAAAUCAGAAGCGUCUCAAAGGACAAAUCUCAUGCGUCUCAACUCCAAAUCUGAUUCAGACCUUAUAAACGACGGGACCGAAAAAGAGAGUGACAGGCACACACACUCACUGGAGAAUGUUUGUAGAACUCUGGAAGAUGCCAAAAUGGCAGGAAUACCUGUGAUACAAGCUCUAGAGGAACUUACAAAUGAACUCGCGGAAUUCUCGUUAGCGGCAAUGAGCGGAGAUUUACUAAUAACGCAAUUAGGAAAGGAUAACCGGAAACGGAAACGCUACUCUGAAACAGCCAUAAAGGGGCAGUUCUCUUUCACCACCCCCGACGGGUCUCCUUAUCCUCCAUCUAUACGAAAGGCUUAUUCACUAAGCGACAUUGCGUUCGCCGUUCAGGAGGCAUUCCAGUCUGGUACGUCAGUAGAGGAUUUCUUAGACGACAUAAGCUUUGAAAAACCUGCCGAACCAGCUGCGUCCUUCAAGGACGUCAGACCUCGGUCUGUCGAUUCCGGAUUUGUGUCUUCGUUCUCUGAUAAUGAUAUUUCUUCUCAGAGUUUUGAGUCUUCGCGUGUUCGAGCCAAUACAUACAUUCUUGACAGUUCAAAUGAAGAUUUGAAUUUAGCAAAAGUUGUUGCUCCAGUUAAAGACCUUGACAACGCCAUAGAGCUUUCGCACGUCAGCGAAGACUCCAACCGAAGAACGUUUACGCUUGAUCACGUGGACGAGAUAUCGCGUGAUAUACCUGUGAUCGAAGCUCUUGAGAAGUUGUCAAACAGUAUUGUUUUGAAAUCAGAUGAUACGAAAGAGUUUGAACUAAGCGAACAUAAUCAAAACACUUCCAUUCCUAUUAAAUCGAGUAUUGGAAGAAGGAAGUCGCCACCAAAACCAAAACGACAGUUUUUGAAGAAACCAAACUCUUUGCAGUCAAACCCUGAUUCAUUUGUAAUAGAGUUCUUUGAUUCUACUCGUCCCCAGCAAACAUUUUCGAAAUUCCAGAUUAACGAUGACAAGGUUGAAAAGGUUUCUGGUAUUUUGGAACCUAAAAAAGACGUUAGGGAUACAAAAAACGCCACCUCUUCAUCCAAUUGCAGCAAGUUGGAAAGUACUGAUAGAAAUCGCCAAGUUUCCGGAUACAAAUGUACACUUGAUACUGACUUGUUACCCACAAGGGAUGCUGAAAUAGUGGGGCUAGAAACAAAGGAGCCUUUGGCAGUGUCAAGCAGCGCGCCUACUCGUAGACGGGCCACAUGGCGCCCUAGCGGCAGUGUGUUAGACCAAAUUGCGAGUCUUAUGGAUGUUGCCGAUGACUGUGGAAUAUCUCCUACUGAUGUUCUUAAUCAAAUAACCGAUUCUGGUUCGGAGGCAAAAGGUUUGUUGGCAUAAUGAUUCCCCGCGAGGAUUUAUUAUGGCUGAUCAUUUUCUCCUUUCUAUUCACGCCGAAGUUCUUGAGAUAAAAUUCACUUACUAGAAAUUGCCCCCCCGCCCCCCCGCCAAAAAGAAAAAAAGAAAAAAAAGCGAAUUCGUCAAAUCCUAAAAACGAAAUCAAAUAGGGAAUGAAGAAGUACAGAUUCACAUUAGGCGUUCAUUUGUAGUCAUUAGUACUUUAUUUAGUUAGGACAAGCCUAUUUACAUUCAGUGGAAAAAACGAUUUCUGUGAAACAGCUCGCCUUAGGUAAUGAAGAAGGUAAGAUUAGGCCAUGCUGUAUAGUGGUGUAUUUUUGAAGAGGUCAAAAAUAGGUCUGGUAGAACUGUGUUGAUCACCCUUUGUGAAUGUACGUGUUGUGGCUCAAUUCUAUCCUUGCUGCAAUGUUAAAAUUCUUUGGUUUUUGGUUAUGGUAAUGAUGACAAGAAGUAUAAACAGAGGGAACCAGAACAUACCUAAAUUUCUCUUUUCUGCAGCCACGGUGUUGUUUUUCCGUAGUCCAGUACCAGCUGUUUUGUUAGGUAACUGUUUGGGCAAACAAUUUUAAUUGGCAUUAGAUUGCGUGACGUUCAUGGGUUUGUAACGACGUGCGAUUAACAAAGGCUUGUGUUUAAGGUGAAAUUGAGGAAUUGGAACCGGCCGAUGCCGAAGAUGAUCAAGCUGUGACGUCACAACUGGCUUACCUGCGCAUGCAGCUUGACGAAAAACGGCGCCAUAUCGAGGCUGAGAAACAUCGUGCCCAAGCUGAGUGGGAGGAUCAGCGUCGGAGACUGGGACAAACUGCGUUUUGGUAUGUAAUCGGAAAAGCUCAAGGAGGUCAGGCUGUUGGAGAGGGACCUGGGUUUGAGGUUAGUUAUGUGAUUUCGUAAGAACAGUUUUGAACACUGCAAACUUGGCUUUUGUAAAUUCAUCUUUUGUCCUUAGCUGAACAAAGCUAAUUUGACAAAGGUUAUGUUAUGAAAUAACAAGGGUAAACUGUUUAUUUUCCCUCAGUUACAAAGUGUGUAAUGGAAGUGUUCAACAGCGUUUGGUAAAUUUAAAUAGAUACACUGCAUUUUUGAUGUUGUAAUUAUUGUAGGCGCUGACAUCCGACAAGGCAACUGUUAUGAAGUCUCAAUCCCAGGACCAGCCGAGGAAGCCUGUGGCCGAAUUUCCAGAUCAAUCGUCGCCUCCUAUUGCUUGGUCAUCCCCUUCUAACUCUCCCCUCCCUGCUUCACAACGCGGUUCUCAAGGUCAGCAGUUUGAGACGCGAGAGUUCCGACUAUCGGAUUAUCCUCCUCGUAAUGAUUCAGGACCCAACCCUGACAUGACACGUCCGUCUUCCCACUCAGCGGUCGAAGGGAGCUCCAAGAGCAGCUCGGUACCGACGCGCCCGUCAUCACAUGACCCAGCAGCUACUCGCCAAACCGCACCCGCACGUAAGUGUUGGAAUGUAGACGUUAGCCACGUGACUACCCCAUCCCCGUUGGUCCGACCUGAAACAGCGGCUGUAAAUAUGGAGCUUAAGGAAGAAACUGUCUCUCCUGAAGAGGGUACUGGAGAAAUAGAGGUGGAACAUCACACUCCGUACAAGAAAGGACUGGCCAUGUUUAUAGGUGAUGAUACAAGCCCCGGAGGUCAGGUAAGUUGCUAGAAUGUAACAGCUACGCAUUACCCUUUAGGAUAAUUUAAUUUAAGGUAAAUCUGAUUUACGUUUCUAUUUGCGUAAGCGGUUUGUCUUAACCGGAAUCAAAUCAGUCUCACCUCUUAUGCAUAAACUCGUGUGUUAAAAUAUUAUGUUUGCAUAUAAUUUAUGCAGUGCUUGACUCCAGAACAAGAAAGAAAACGAGACAAGUUCUUGCGAAUGAGACAGAAGAAACAAGAGGAGGACAGGACAAGGAAGGAAGCGGAGCUUGAAAAAAAGAGAAAAAGAGAAGAAAAACAACGCGAAAAAGAGAUGCUACAAAGAGUGGAAGAAGAAAGACGUCGUAAAGAAGAAUUGGAACGACAAAGAGUCGAACAGGAACUGAGAAUCAGAGAAGCACAAGCCCCGCGAGUCCCAGACUCCUUCGCCACUUACCGCCGCCCGGGGCCUCAGGAACAGCGCUAUGAUGCAAAUGAUGACGCAAGCAGCUAUUUCGUACAGGGUCCCACGCAGCCUUCUGGAUUUGCGGAGUUUAGUGGUAUGUGCGGUCUUCUCUUUUGAUUUUCGUAUCAUCUAUUGCGACUUAAACGAACAUUUGUUGUUAGUGUGUUGGAUGUUUCCGAGUUAUGAGCCUGGUUGAUUUGGCUAAGCCCGGACAAGCCUUUCAGAGUUUGGCGCUUAGAGCAUCCAAAAUAGUGUUAAAAGUUAUAAGUUGGACUUCUGACUUCUGUUGGGAGCACUCAGAAUUUUAUUUUCUCGACUGGCCGCGCCAAUUAUGUUUGAAGUCAAGCUGUAAAGCCGAGAAAGCAGGCAAAAAAUGUGAGCGAAGCCGAGCGAGAAUCAAGUGCAAAGCGUCGGGCCACGAAAUAUUUUAAGAAAUGCUAUACUGUGAUUACUUUCUUGGUAUUCAUUGCUAUCUCGCUCCCCGCGCCGGCUACAUUUAUUUUCUUGGUUCUGAUUGGUUCUUUUGACAGUCUGCCUGUCAUUGAUUUUCCAGAGAAAUUUCUUUGGUUUCAGUUUUACGACAGUCGAUUGAACACUACUCUAAACUGUCAGUGUUUCUGUUAUCAGGUCCUCAGUGUUACGUUAAACCGAGUGGGAAGUCGAACAGGAAGAUCAUCAUGAACGCCAUAUCAUACGUGUGUUUGUCAGGAACAGUGAACCAGGAUCAAAAAGAAAAGUGCCUACAGGUUUGUUAAAAUGAAUAAUAUCAAGUAUUUCCAAACACGAUGGCGGGAAAACAUUACUCACACGGAUAUGCUGGCCACUUUUUUUCUCUUUACUGCUUUUUUUUUGUGUCUUUGGAGAACCUUGUGGCACGAAAUUUUUUGCGGGUUCUAUUUCUUGUGAUUUUUCCUGCGAUCCGCAAAAAGAAAAAUAUAUAUAUAUUGCCGCAAACUGUUUGCCCGCAAAAAUUUACCCAGAGUAAACUUAAGUAAGGUCCAAAAAAUUCAGUACUGAGAAAUCGUGUCUGUUCAUUUACAACCUGUCUUAUUCGUUCAGAGAGAAACCGAUAAAUGGUAGAAUUGAUAAAGACGAUGCAUCAGCUGAUAAUGAAAUCACUUCUGAUCGAUCAUCAGAACAAUCAGUCACCGCAGAUACUAUUGUAAUCGAAUGACAAAGAGAAAAGUAAUUUGUUUUACUCCUUUGCAUACGGUACGCACACCGUAGUUUUGUUGGAAAAUACAGUCAGAGCUCUUGUAAGCGACCGCAUCGGAAAUUCGAAGUGGUCUUAACUAGAGCUGGUCGCUUACGAGACCGAGCUCUCGAAAGCGACUGCAAGGUAAAACGAUAGAGGGUGGUCGCUUCCGAGAGCUUCAGAAACUCAUUAAUACUUCAUAAAGAAAUAAAAAAGAAAUUAGUUUUUAAUGAGUGUCUUUAUAUCUGAACUUUAUUGAACUUUUACAAAUACAAUACUGCAUUGUACAAGAUCUUUAUCAACGAACCAUUAGAGCAGUGUGCAGUUUCAUUAAAGAGUUCAUGUACAUGAAUAAGAGUCUGAGUGGUCACUUACGAGAGCUUAAAAACAAAGGAAAAGUCAAGUUGAGUAAUCCCAAAGGUGGUCGCGGUCGCUUACGAGAACUUUUCAUUACAAAGUUUAAGUCACAGUUCAAACGGGGUGUCACAAAGGUGUUCGUAAUUAGAGCUGGUCGCUUACGAGAAUGGUCGCAAGUAGAGCUUCGAUUGUGUGUAUUUUUAUUUCACGUACUCAAUAAAAACGAAAAUGUUAUUAUCAAUAAUUUGUCCGGGACUUUCUGAAAAUCGCAAAAAUUAAUUCCCAGCAAGAAAACCCAAUCUGUCCUAAUCGCAAAAAUUCGUUCCCGCAAAACACAAAAAUCGCCAAUCCACGCCAGUCACGUAAAUACAUCUUCGUUUUUUAAAAGACACUCUCUGACAGCUUACGUCAUUGUCCACUGGGAGCGAUGACGCUUUACUUGAAGAGCGUUUCCUAAAUACCCGUUUUUGUUCCGCCUAAAUGAGUUUAGUUCGUCCAUAAGUUAUAGAUUGCUCCAUGUAGCCUGCGAUUUACCAAAAUAAGAAUUUAUUUCAAGUCUACGAGCAAGCCCUCUGUGGGGGUUGAGGUAUUCCUUCAAUUCUCUGUCGCCGCACCUCCCAAAAACGUUUCUCAAGCCGUUGCGCGCAGAAGACCUUGUACUAUAUUAGUAAUUGUUAUUAAACAUGUUCUCAAGGUUGAUCUUUUUUGGUUUUAUUUCAGGCUAUAUCUGAAUCUGACGGUCAUCACUUCAUGAUUUUAUUUAAAGAUGGUCUUAAGUUCCGUGGAAUAUAUCUACACAACCUUGAUAACGACCAGGUUAGUUUUCUUUACACGUGGCUAUUGAAAGAGGUUUGAUUUGAACGGUCGGCAUAUAUGGUAUUUAUCUAAUGAAUUCCAUCUUCUUUGUAGCUCUUCAAAGUAUUUGGAAUCGGGCCUCGCGUGGUGACGAGCAAAAUGGUUGAAUUUCUGUACAAGUAAGUUAUCAACAUCUUUAUUUUGCGCUGCAAGGAAUUCGCUUUUUGAUAAUUCAAAGGAGAAAGACUACAAUCAAUAAAUCAGUUAAUAUCUAACUGUAGUGGCAGUAAGAGUUUUAUACAGUUCGUUAGCAGGUUAUUUUUGCGCUAUUGUGAUACACGCCAUUAGGCGUGUUCUCCAGGGAUUCUGUGAUUGGAUAGUUCUGGUAUUUAAGGUUCCGCUAGAGUAGUUAAUUCCUGUCGCUCUCGCUUUCACUCUGGCGUUUGCUUACACCAUAUCAGGAGUCGGCAUUUAGGGGAAAAAUAAUUUACGUUCGAUUGAGCGAAGCGAAUUAGAACAUAAUAAUGAAUUCAGUGGUCCCUGAUAUACAUUUUUUGUAGCCAUUAACAGAUGCUAAUUUAUAUUCAAACGCCACGGGUAUUACAGCAAUAAAAUACUUUUUGGUUCGAGUGCUUACCACGGGGAACCAGGGUCAAGUAUCGAUAUUGUAAUGACAUAUAGUAUAUAAUCAAGAUUGGUACUGGAUUAUGCAAUGAUUGCCUCAAUAUAAGUCACUAUUUCUGAAAUUCAUCAAGGUUUCUUUCAGGUCCCUUGAAAACGUCUUUAAAAAUUUCCUGGAAUUUCAUAAUAAAUUUCAUUGGAUGUUUGUAACGUAAGAUGAAGUGGAGGAAUUUACAAACAUAAAAGCAGCAGCUUUAGAUUCUGGCCCUAGAAAACGCCUGCCGUGAGGAGCGUACACCAUAACUAUAAAUUCGCACAUUUGGGAAAUAUCUCGAAUAAAAGUUUCUAUAACGUAGCUGUUACUUUUCCUCUACCGUAGGGAAUUCUCCCUCCGUAUACCCCUUUGUCAAAGGGUAGGUUUUGUUUGAUUGGCAAGUUUACAAGUUUAUCAUUUCUCUUGUUUCAUUUCAGAUAUAACAGCGGCGGAAAAGAGUUCACUAAGAUCCCUUCCAAGACUAUCUCCAUUUCAGUAGACGGAUUUGCUAUUUACAAGUCCCACUGGAAUACUGGGAAACCCGUGGUAGCCUCCAAGACAGCUUCAAAUCUCAAGAGACCUCCUCGUCACCCACAGAGAUAAAACUAUGCUGUUGCAGUUGUUCUCUCAGUCCCUCAAGAACGUACUUGGUGCUGUGUUAAAAUAGUUGUCGAAUCGAACAGGUUUUCCCUAUAGCUGGAGAAAAUGCAGUUAUGGCGUAUCAAAAAUCCAUUGUAUUUUCAGUCACAGGUCUUUGUUACAAUAGUCUUGUUUACCAUGUUAAACUACUAUAAACUUCUAAAACGGUUGAUUGAAUACGUGAGUGACUUUCCCAUGAUAAUUUUCCAACCUCGUUCCAGGCUCUCUGCUACUCGGCCACCGGAGAGAGAGAAAGUAGGAGAGCAUCGUGGGAACGAGGUUAGAUAAUAUUCGUCAUGAAACACAAGUUGGCUGCAAUUUUGAGUGUGCGCAGUGUCCACUGAACAAUGUUGUUUACAGACUAAAUUAAAGGGGCUCUGUCACGACAGGCUAGUUCAUUUUGUUUGUAAUACCAAUGACAUCUCCUUAGUCGCUAAGAAAAUUGAGAAAUCACUUGUGAAUAACAAAAGCACAACUUUGUCCCGAACAAAAAAAUACAUCUCCCAAGCAUUAUUUUGAACAUUGCCAACAACAAAAAUGAACUUUGAAAAACUGUUAGGCUAACAAGUUUUCAAAAUCCACAAGUGAAGUCCGUUUCUAUCUUCUUCAAGUUUUGUCCAUCCGGGCCUUAGUUCUUUUGUAUUUGUUGUGUUAUUUAUACCUUCUUUUAACGUUUAGCGCGGUUAUUUUUUUUUGUUUCAUUCAAUUUUGUGACAGGUCCCACUUUUUGAAUUUUGGUAAAUUUCGAUACACAGCUCCUUUAAUCAUCUCAGGAUUAAGUAAGUUUUGUGUCGUGUUAUGGAAUCUUUGGUAAUGUCAGUGUUCUUCCCAGCAUGCAUUGUUGGGAGUUGUAAUCAACACUUUUAGGCGUGUUUGCUCGUCUUUCAGUACUCCUUAGCUCUCAGUUGUAUACAGCUGUAUAUGCGAUUGUUAUUUAUUACUUCUGGUCCAAAGAAGUUAUUUAAACUUCAGUAUAGUUUUAGUUUGUUUUUUUACAAAAAAAAGGUUAUUAAUCUUCUUGAAUGAUUCGUGGAUAUAUGAGAGAUCAUUGACAUUGUUUAUCUCGCCAGAUCCGUUGGUAAAGCGGAUGUUAUGCCAUGUUAACCAAGAUUAUAUAGAAUUAUACCUGUCAGAAGAGACAAGUUUAUUGUCCUCAAAGACAAAAUAAACUGCUGGAUGAUACAACUGCUUGCGGAUUGUUAUCGAGAAUAUUCAGUUCAUUAUUUGC